AUGCAAUCAACAUCUGGAAAUACUCAAAGACCUUCAUCAUCAAGACCAGCAUCUAGUACAACGAAAUCUUAUGCUCCACAAAAUCUUCCUGUCUAUGAUUAUGAUCUUGUUGUAGUUGGUGGCGGCUCAGGAGGUUUGGCAGCAGCAAAAGAAGCAGCAAAAUUAAAUAAAAAUGCUAAAGUAGCUUGCUUUGACUUCGUUACUCCAACAUAUCAUGGAACAAAAUGGGGUCUCGGCGGUACAUGUGUUAAUGUUGGUGUAAGUAUAAAAUUAGUUUUAUUUAUUAAUUAA